UUUUUCUUUAGUUUGCUUACUUGCAUGCUUCCUUGCUUUUGUUUUUUUGUUUUUCCUGAUUAUGAUAGAGGACUAGUCCUAUUCUCUCUUUAGUAUGUAAAUCAAGGAGUGAAUUCUCAAGAAGACAAACAAGAUUUACAGCAUCCCUGGAUUUUCUAUCCAUCUCUGCAUUUGUUAGCUCUUCUUAUUAGCUGGAACAAAGCCAAUUACCACCAUAUUUUUUUUGGUAAUUUUUUCCUUUUCCAAAUGUCAUGCAAUAUUAAUGCAACCGUGUGAAAAGUUUUAUUCUCGGCCACUGGUAAAGAGGACAUAGAAAAGAAGAGGAAAGAAUGAGGAGGGACAAGGGGACCAUUGACAUUUGGGUUACAUUAACUUUAAAAAUAACUAUUUUUCAGUACUAUAGAGAAACCCAUAUUUGGUGACAUGAGUGGAUUUUAAGGACAAAUUUAGCAUGCUACUAUCUGCAAAUAACUUUAUCCGUUAGUUGCAUCAGUUAUUUUUGUAGCCAGUAAGUCAAUUACCACCAUUUUUAAUGUUUCAGGUGUUCUUGAUUCAUUUCAAAAAGCUAACUAAUGAAAGAAAUAAGGAGAAUCCUCUAUUUAUGAAUUAUCCUAAACUAGCACAUAAUAUAUUGUUUGAAUUCCUGUUCUGAGCUUUUGUAUCUUUUAACAAUUUUUUGGAAAGUGUGUUUCAAAUAAGAGCAGAUAUCACCAGAAUGGGAGUGAAUGACUUGUGGCCAAUUCUGGAGCCUGUUAAGCAGCACAUGCACUUGCACAGUCUUGGUGGGAAAACCAUUGCAGUCGAUCUGAGUCUCUGGGUAUGUGAAGCACAGACAGUCAAAAAAAUGAUUGGAGCAGUCUUGAAGCCCCACCUCAGGAACUUAUUUUUUCGUAUCUCAUAUUUAAUGCUAAUGGAUGUAAAACUGGUGUUCGUUAUGGAAGGGGAACCCCCAAAGCUGAAAGCUGAUGUCAUAAGCAAGAGGAAUCAGAUGCGGUACGGGCCUUCUGGAAAAACAUGGUCUCAGAAAACAGGGAGAUCACAUUUUAAGUCAGUCUUAAGAGAGUGCCUUGAUAUGCUGGAAUGCUUAGGGAUUCCCUGGGUCCAGGCUGCUGGGGAAGCUGAGGCCAUGUGUGCUUACCUCAACGCCAAUGGCCAUGUCCACGGCUGCCUCACCAAUGAUGGGGAUGCUUUCCUUUAUGGGGCCCAGACUGUUUACAGGAAUUUCACUAUGAAUACCAAGGACCCACAUGUUGACUGUUAUACAAUGUCAUCUAUCAAGAGUAAACUAGGUUUAGAUAGAGAUGCUCUGGUUGGACUAGCAAUACUACUUGGCUGUGAUUAUCUUCCAAAGGGAGUCCCUGGAGUUGGAAAAGAGCAAGCUUUAAAACUAAUACAGAUUUUGAAAGGGCAAAGUUUACUUCAAAGGUUUAAUCAGUGGAAUGAAAAAUCUUGUUACUCUAAUCCACAACCACUAGUCAUUAAAAAACUGGCUCAUUGCUCUGUGUGUUCCCAUCCUGGUUCACCUAAGGAUCAUGAACAUAAUGGAUGCAAAUUGUGUAAAACUGAUCGAUACUGUGAACCACAUGAUUCUGAAUACUGUUGUCCUUGUGAGUGGCACCAUACAGAACCUGAUAGGCAACUGAAUGCAGUGGAGAACAGUAUUAAGAAAAAAGCUUGCAGUUGUGAAGGAUUCCCAUUCCAUGAGGUUAUUCAAGAAUUCCUUUUGAACAAGGAUAAAUUGGUGAAGGCAAUCAGGUACCAAAGACCUGAUUUAUUAUUGUUUCAGAGAUUUACUCUUGAAAAAAUGGAUUGGCCCUAUGACUAUGCAUGUGAGAAAUUGUUGGUGCUUUUGACCCACUAUGACAUGAUAGAAAGAAAGCUUGGCAGAAGGAACUCUGAUCAAUUACAGCCAAUUCGAAUUGUUAAAAACCGAAUCAAAAAUGGAGUUCAUUGCUUUGAAAUAGAAUGGGAAAAGCCUGAACAUUAUGCUAUAGAAGAUAAAUGUGGAGAACUGGUUCUGCGAACAAUAGAAGAAGAAUCAUUGUUUGAGGCAGCUUAUCCCGAGAUUGUUGCUAUUUACCAAAAACAAAAGUUAGAAAUUAAAGGGAAGAAACAACAAAGCAUGAAAAUUAAGCCUAAAGAAAACAAUUUUCCAGAAUCAGAUGAUAUGAUGAGUUUUCAGUCACAAAUGACUUUAAAACCCACAUGUGAAAUCUCUUCUAAGCAGAAUUCCAAGUUACAUUUGGAAGUUUCCCCUGAUUCCAAAUUACCCCAGGAAUCUAUUUCUGCGUCAUUGAAUAGCUUGCUUUUACCUGAAGAUGCUCUUUGUUUGAAUACACAAGAGCAGUUAGUGUCUGCUCCAAGACCUUUGGCUAUGCAGCAAAUUAAAACUGUCAGUAAGUCUUUAAUUUCAGAAUCUAGUCAACCCAAUACCUCAUCUCAUAAUGUAUCGGCGAUUGCUGAUCUACACUUGAGCAGCAUUGACUGGGAGAGUACUUCUUUUAGUAAUUCUCCAGCUAUUCCAAGGAAUACUUUCUCUCGUGGUUUAAAAUCAGAACUUGAAACAGCCAUCCCUGAUAGCUUUAGAAAUAUCCCAGAACAAUUGCCAUGUGAAUCAGAAUGGUACACCACAAACAUCAAUAAAGUGUUGGACUGGGAUCUUCGAAAGUCUAAUCCUGAAGAGCAUCUGCUUUCUGGCAUUACUGAUUUACAUCUUCAGGAUUUGCCUUUAAAGGAACGAAUACGUGUAAAAUCAUCAUAUCCUCAGGAGAAUGUACAACCAGAUAUUGACCUAAAAUCUUUAUCCCUCCUUACCAUAAAAGAACAUUGUAUUGCUAACAGUAGUUCUGAUUGUCCAUCACAUCUUUCAAAGGAUAUUCUAGGAAUUCAUUUGCAAAAUGAAUCUAGAAACUCUAAAGUUCUAAAAGGAGACCAGCUGUUUCAAGAAAACUAUAAAGUGAGUAGUUCUAUACCUUAUUCUGUCAAUAAUCCAAUAGUAAAGACCUCCAAUGUUAGAGUUAGACCACCAAAUACUGCCUUAGAUCAUAGUAGAAAAGUUGAUGUGCAAACUACUCAGAAAAUUGUGAUGAAGAAAAGCAUUUGCCUUGACAGACAUUCCUCUGAUGAAGAAAGUGUCCCAGUGUUUGGGAAAGCUAAGUAUGCAACUCAGAAAAUGAAGUGGAAUUCUCAGAAGCAUAACCCAGCCCAAUUCAAGAAAAAUGAUGUCAGCAAGUUGACUAACUCUAAGAUACAUAUUAAAGAACCUGAACAGUGUGUCCAGGCUUAUAAAACAGCUAGAAAUGAAGAAAACUGUUUCCCAAUUGCAGCAAAAGAUUCUCUGAAUUUUCUACAGUGUCAUAAGGAAAAAGAAGAUUCUGGUGCUUCUUUGGAUAGUCCUCUUCCUUUACGUCAGAGAUUAAAACUGAGGUUCCAAAACACUUGAAAUGAAAUUUAAAAUAUUUAAAUAUAAGUUAGUAUUCUAGCACCAUCAGCAUUGACAGAGGCAGAAG